AUGGCCACCACGAGCUCACAAGAGCCUCUCAAAAAAAUCCCCAUGAUACAUGAGAUCGCGGAGCUCAUCAAGGAACAAGAACAGGCAUCCAAAAUUCAUAGGAGAAUGGAAGAAAGGGUGAAGCGAUAUAGAUCAUUAGGCCACACAGUCAACCUUGUCACUUCGGAGGACAGAUGCUAUCCAGCCUCUGCAAUCACCUUCACAGAAGAUGACUUGCGGGGAGUGCACCUACCCCAUGACGACCCUUUAGUCAUUUCGUUACAGGUCGACCAUUGCCAGUUGGGAAGAGUUUUGAUCGAUGGGUGCAGUGGGGUUGAUAUUCUCUUCUGGGAAGCCUUUCAGAAGAUGGGACUCGAAGAAAGUCAGAUCAGGCCCUAUGUUGCACCAAUCUUGGGAUUUAACAGCCAAAGGGUAUACCCGAAAGGCGUUGUUAGAUUAAACGCGGUAGCUGCAGAACGCACCUUGCCAAUGGACUUCCUCAUCGUGGACUCCAUCACAAGCUACAAUGCCAUCAUGGGAAGGAGUUGGAUCCACAGAAUGCAGGGAGUGGUCUCAACGUUGCACCAAGUUAUGCGGUGCCACUCACCCAACAGCCGGUAUACAAUCGACAUAAAAGGGUGUCAGAAGCAGGCCAAGAAAUGCUUCCUUACCCUAAAAGAGAUAAAUGAUUUUGGCACCUCCUCUCCUGACGACAACCCCACCAAAUAG